UGUGUUUAUUGAGAUGUUCAGGUAAUUCGCUGAAACUCUGUCACAUCCCACUGCCACUCCUACAAAUGCUCGCGGCUGUGAACUAUGUUGUCAAACUGGUAUGUCUCGUACCUGAUGAGUUAAGAUGUCGCCGUGAAUGUGAACACAGCACCAAGACAGGAAAUCUCUGGAGAAAUCUGAAAGUGUUUUUUCUUUUCAAGUUUCCUCCUACGGAACACAAAAGAGUGUCAAGCAGGUACAAUGCUGGGGUUUUCUGCGAUAUGUUUCAGCUUGAUAUAUCUUCUGCAUCUUGUUUGGGGCAGAGUGAUCUACAAUGGAAAUGAUGUGUUCCUUGAAGAGAAGUCGGCAGGUUCCUUUCUCUCCCGUAACUUGUUGUAUAACAAUUGGGAUUUUGAGUUGGUGGUGCCUGACAAUCUAGAGAGAGAAUGCAAUGAGGAAAUAUGCUCAUAUGAAGAGGCCAGAGAGGUGUUUGAAGAUGACACAAAGACGGCCCAAUAUUGGAAAACCUAUGUCAACAGUCAUGAGUCUUCCCCUCCAGUGGAUGUGUCUGGUUUAGUAGCUGGCAUUGUAGCUGUUGUAAUAACAGUGAUUAUAGCCACUGUGUUGGGCAUUUAUUGCUACAAGAACAGAGGCAAAAAUUCAAGAGGGGGCAAUGUUCCUGUGCAUAUGGGUGUUGAUGGGCAGCCAAUACCGGAAUCUGUGCCCUUGGCUAGCAGGGCUCCAGGUCUCCCCUCGUACAAUGAGGCUUUGACCCACAGUGGCCAGCAUGAUGCACCUCCACCGCCGUACUCUGGGGAAAGUCCAUCCGAGCCACCACAAACUCAAGAAGAGGAAUGACAAGGACAUGAUGUCGUUUUUAAAUGGGGGAGGGGGGACGGGGUGAUAUAGGGUUUUUUACUGGUGAAAAAGUGCAGCUUCAGUCAGUAGAUAAUUUAUUACACUUGUGCUACAUGUUCAGCAGUUAAACCUGUUUUACUCCUUUAGAAUUAUUUUGCUGUCAUCAGUGUGAACGAUAUUUUCAUAAAUCGGAUUUGUUCAUUUUUUUUUAAGUUCUAUCAAAUGGAAUUCCGCUUUCAUUGUUAAUAAAAGAAAUAAAACGUA